AUGCCCCGUGGCCUGCGCUCGCUCCUGCUGUUAUGCUGCCUGCUGGCGCUCGCACUGCAAGGUGUCCUGUGCGACCUCGGCUCAGACGCAUCGCAACAGGACCACGAGCAGCAGCUGCUGCACCACAACUCGCACCAGCAGCCUCCGUCGACCACACACCAGCAACUCAAGGCCGAGCGAUCGGGCACGUACUACCUGCACGACGUAGACAACAAGGCCCGCUUCGGCGUUGCCGGCCUCGGAGGCUCGGGACUGACCAUACUGCUGCCCAUCCUCUUGGUGCUCGGCUUGUUUGUCAUCAUCAUACCGAUAUUCGGGCUGCUCUUCACCACGAGCCUCGCCGGAGGGUUCGGAGCGGGGGGUUUCGGAGGUGGCGUACCCGGCGGACUCUACCCGGCUGCCUCGGCCGCCGGACGCAAGUGGGCCGGCGCGGAUUCACCGCUACUGAGCCAGGAGAACGUCAUCAAGAUGGUCAGCUUCGUCGACAAGGCGCUCCAGGACUUCGGAAAGCAGUUCAAGCAGAAGCAAAGCUAA